GGGAUAUUGACAAAGAAUAAGGCUAUAACAUAUUCAAAAAAUCACUUAAAUCGGACAACAGGUUUAGGAGAUACGCGACCUCAAAAAUUACCUAUUUUUUAGGGUGCCCGUUUUCUAUGACGCUCAGUGUAUUUACCAACAAGUCGGUGCGUUUUGAUUCAGUUCAGUUUUAUUACAAACCUCUUUGAUAACGGGUAAACCUAGAAACACAUGUCAGAGACUCGAAUUGAAUCAAAGCGCAACCGUCUAUAUUUAAACUGUUUACUGUUCUUCUACUUGCUGUAUAUUGGUUCGUUUAUAACUCCACUUCCAAAGUUAUGAGUGACCUUCUAUCAAUAUGAUUUAUUUUUAAAAUAUCUACUAAUCACGUUAAGCGAAAGGUUUACGUUGUGAAUGAGUUCCUGGACAUUUAGACGAUUUUAUCGUUUUUUUUUUAUUGGAUGUUUGGAAUAGAGAUCUUGAGAGAGCGUUUAGUUAAGAGAAUCUUCGAGGGUAAGGACUUGGCAUCAUUCUUUUGAUCAUAUGAUAUUAACUCAAAAGUCGCUAUUGAGCAAGUAAUACAGUAUGUGACUGCGUUUAUUAAAACCACACGUUCCAUCAUACCCAAUCAUUACAGUAGAAUUUUCGUAUUCGUAAUUAUUCCAUUUUAAUCACGAGAAAAACGAGGAAAAUGUUCUUGAUAAUUAUCUCUACAUAGUAAGUACAGCUAACAUCAAUUGUGAAGAGAUUCCAGCGGGUUGCGCUAAUGACUUAUUUCACGAGUGACAGGACGGCAUACCUGAGAAGUAUUCAAUGAGAUCUUACUGCGAAAGAAUCACGCAUGAAAUGAAAUCGUAGAGAUAAUGCUACCAGUUACUGGUUCUAACACCAAAUUGUCAAUAGUCAGCGGAAAUACACCCAUAAUAUUUCAAGAAGAAUUACUAGCAAUACGUUUUUGUGCUCAAGAGCCAAAUUAUUUAUUGCCUUGUAUAGCCACACUGGAGACUGAGGUCUACACCUUAUGAGUUGGAAUUGCUAGCAAUUCAUUUAGCAAAUUUCUACGCUCAUGCAAGCAAUUCAUUAAUAAACUCCUUUUAUCCGACCAGAGCCAUUUAACCAAAAAGUUGCAGAAUGAAAGAUGUCAAAAAACGGAAAAGGAAUUUAAUGUAGCCUACUGGGAAAAUAAAUCAGCCCACAGGCAGCCAAACAUGAUAUUACCGCCUUCUAUACUCUCUCUGUAGUUCUCUCGUUGCGAAAAAAUACUCGAGCUUCAGACAAAUGACUAUAAACACAUCUGUUCUCACUGGCACACUGUUCACUCAAAUAUUAUCAGCUCUGUAAAAUGACCAAAGUGAUCAGAGCAACAUACAGAGAACAUAUUUGGAGGUCAAUUCUUCGCCAACGCCAACGGACAGGUCUUUUUAGAACAUCACCAGAUAAAAAAUGUACCUCCGAAACGGAUAAUAGGCUUGCUGAGAAGCCUAGAUCUCUUGAACGGAACAUAGAUACCAGGCGUGCACAAGAGAUCUUUCAGAUUUCAGAUCCUUAAGAUCUUUCACCACAGUGUGGAAAGGUCUACAAGCCCAAACGACUCCCUUGGAAUCUAAAAUACGUGAAGUGUUAUUGUUAAAUGUUAGUUUAACCUCUGCUAGGCAAACAGUCUGGCCCCCCUCCCUCCCACUGGUUCACUGACAAUGUGAUUUGUGAAAGACCAAAUGGAAGAAGAUUUGUAGGACGAAGACGAAGAUGACGACGACUUCUUCUUUUUAUUUAACUGACGUCAAAUUGUAUUUAUUUGAUUAAAUAAACGUCAUAUAUUUAUGUAUUAAUAUUUGAAAUAUAGUUUUUUUUUCAAAAUUGUUCUGGAAAUCAUAAAUACAAAAGAUGAAGUUUAUUUGCAGAAAAUUUAAAGUACUAAAAAAUGCUGACCUUUACGGAAGUUCUAUAAAUAAGUUUAAAGCAAAUUCAGUUUUCCACAAAUUAUCUGCAAGUUUUAGUUCACCCAUUAUUCCAAUGGCAAAUUCCUUCUACACUAGUAAGCGUUUUAUGACUAAUUCCUGUGAUGGAGGAAAUAAAAAUAAAAUUUCUGGAAGGCAUCAGUUUCACAAAGAUACUGAGAAUAAACUUAAUGAACAAGUCUUAGAGGAAUUUAAGGCAGCUUAUGAAUAUCUUACAAUAGGUCAUUACUUUGGACGAACAGAUGUUGCUUUACCGGGAUGUCAAGGCUUUUUUAUGAAUAUGUAUGAGGAGGAACUGGGUCAUGCUAACAUAUUUACCAAUUAUGUGCUUAUGAGAGGAGGUCAUGUAAACCUAAAAAGUAUUCCUGUGCCAGAAAUCAAAACUUGGACGGUUACUGAAGCUUUUAGUCGGGCUGUUCAAAUGGAACAGGGUAUAAAAGAAAAACUGAAUGAAGUUUUCGAUGUAGCCGAAAAGCAUAAGGAUCUCCAUAUCAUGGAUUUGGUCUCAACUGAGUUUAUGGAGGAACAACAUAGAUCGAUAUGCGAAAUAGCAAGACUUGUUACUCGGUCUAAAAUAACCGACACAAAAGUAGGAGAGUACCUUUUUGAUCAAAUGAUAUUUGAAUCUUUUGUGAAGAAAGAAAAAGAAAAUCUUAUGAAUGAACGUAGAUUACAACUUGUAGAAGGCGAUGAUAAGCACGGAAUAUAUAAAUAAAAUUGAUGUAUUUCAUUUAGUUUUCUUUUAACAACCUACAUGGGUUAUUUUAUUAAUUUGAUACUUUCAGUUCUGUAGAAUGAAAAGACGAAUUAUGCGAAGUACAAUAUAUACCUACCGCAUAAACUAAAAUAAAAAAAAAAGAAAUGGAAAAUAUUUGAUGAAAUAUGGUCUUGGCAAGAUAUAUGUGGACCAAUUAAACAGCCAUAAUUCAGUAAGAAACCUUUUGCCUUUUAGGUCAAAACGUGACAGUUUUCUUCAUUAUUUUCAAUUCUUAGUUUUUGUUCAUGUAACUAUCGCUUUCUUGGUCGAUCUGUUUAAUCAUAUCUUUAUGUUUAUUGAAAUGAGUAAAAAUGGCCACUGUUCACUGCCCUCUGUGAUAUAGACGUAUUUUAAAUGGCAAUUACAUGAAAAAUAUCAUUUGCCCCCAAUAAAAAUAUAUUAUACAAUCAUCAGUAAGCGAAACAGAAUUCAUUGAUAUUAAUUUCAUAUCCGUAAACAGUCUACCUUUUUGCGGAACUAAUAUCCAUUGUUUAUGCUUACCUUUUAAUAACCUCAAUCUUAAAUGUUCAAAUGAUAAAAUUUAAACGUAAAAAAUAUACUGACCCAUUGUUACAGUUAUAAAUCCUUUAAAGUUUAAGUAAUUUUAUUUGCAGUUAAUAUACGACUAAUAUAUUAAAAGUGACUUGCACCACUUGAACCUAACUCCAACCCGUGAAUCAUUAACUAUUACUCACGGGUAAAGUAUUGGGUGUUAUUAUCUGUGCAAAAAUAGUGAAUCAUGAGCAUUUUAUUAAACGGUCGUAGAAAAAAGCAUUUAUUAUGAAAACCAAAGUUUGCCUUUUCUGGGAUAUUUAUAAAAAGAGAUCUGAUUUGUUAGUGUCCUCGAAUAGGUAUGUUAACAUGUUGAAUAUGAGUGAAAUCGCUUACUCACUUUUGAUGCAGCUGUUUUCUUCUAUACACAAUUAUGCCUAAGAAUAUUUAUCUCAACUUAAAAAAAAAGAUCUCCUUAUUAUUUGUUAUAUUAUAUUUUUUAAUUAAGUAUUAUUACCCCGAAAUAUACCUGUUGUAAUUGUAGAUUAAAUUAUAGUUUUUAAGAAACUUGUAAUAUUAUUCUAAUGGCGUGCCAUAAUGACAUCGACAUUUUAAGUGUUCUGUAUAAAUUUAGUAGCUUCUGACAGAGGUUAAAGAUUGGAAUUAUUAUCGCUUUUUUAUUCGGUAUCAUAUUCUUUUUUUGUUCUUUCUUGUUUGUUAUUAAAGUUAUACGUAAAAAGUAAGAUAUUUAGUUGUUGUUUAAUGCUAACAACUAGAAUAGACAAUACCAGUAGAGUUCUGCAAUUGAAAUACUUGGAAAGACCUGAGGGUGGUGGUCAAAUCAAGGAGUCUCAAGAAAAAUAAAAGAAAAAGGAAUCUGUAUCUAAAAUGAUAUGAAUGACAGCAAAAGUACCUUAAGAAGCGUCCCACCAUCAAAUGAAGAUUGACAAAGCGAAGGAAGAUAACCACAUUCUGCACGGUGUCCCGAGUACUUCCGAGAGCACACCUCCUCCAAAUCAACGCAUCCCGUGUGUAAGACGUGAAGUGACAUCCAUAAGCAUAAAGUUAAAUUCAAAAUCCGAACAACUGGACAUGCCAACCUGAUCUUAGCCCCUAGUGAUAAACGCAACAUCACACCCAUCUCCAAUGAUAGAGACGAUGGAACGAAGUGCCAAUUUUGUAUAAAGGUCUUCAAAACUGUUUUGUAUAAAGGUCUUUAAAUAAGAAACCCUCGAAGAUCUGAGAAAAACUAGUAAACUUUUGUUUAAAAAACAAAAAGUUAUAUGUAUAUGUGGAAAGGUAGAAGAAGGUAGAGGAAUGCACCUCACUCUCUCCUCCGAAAUCCCGGCCCAAAAGUGGUGUUACCCAAAAACAAGAGUCUGUCUUCAAUCAAUGUAUACUCCUCAUAGUGGCUCCCAGACAUGGACGUUUACAAAGGAAAAUUCGGAAAAAAUAGCAAAUACAGAAAGAUCCAUGGACAGACAAAUGCUAAACAUGAAACUAUCACACAGGAAAAGAAACGAAUGGAUCCUUAACAAAACAAAAGUGAAAGUCCACAAGGAAGAAUUUCUUGUAGCUGGCUGUAUACCAUUAAUUACAAGUAAAAUUUAAUAAAACAUUUUUGUCUUGGUAAAAGGUGUAUUAGUUUAAAAAGCCCCUAUAGGGCUACAAACAUAGAAACAGAACGUUUUCGCUCUGUAACAAGAGCAUCAUCAGUAUUACCUAAAAUAAGUAUAACCAUAUUAAUUAAAGCAAAAUGUUAAAGUUAAAAUGAUGACCAAGGUAAAAGCAAAGUUUGGUUAUACUUACAAGAACAUGGUGAGCCAACCAAAAAAUACAAAGGUCAAAACCUUUCAAAAACAGACUAAAAGUCUCAUAUAAAUGCAAACAUGGCAAAUUCCAAAGGAUGGAUAUAAUUCCUAUGGAUACGGCCCUAGGGUAACAUAUGACUCCCACGUGGUAAGUGGGUCAAUAGGUAGCAAUUAGGUCAUUAUGUUACAAGAGGUGACAGGCAACUAAGAGAUGAGCUUUCAAAAGCGAAUCUGUCUGAUGUUAGGACAACAAUUGUCAAUGAAACUUGAAGUUUUAUGAAAUGUUGGUUACGCGGACACUAAAUUUAAAGUUGUUUAUGGUACAAGCAAUGAUAACAGAUAACAUCAGUGUGUUGGAAUUAUACAAAUACAAGAGUUAGUGAGAAUAAAUUAUCUAAGAUGUAAAAAAGGGGACGAAUUUGAAAACCCACAAUCAUCAAUGAGGUGUACAUGAAUUGAUGAAGCAAAGAUAGGCAAACCAAAAUACAGAAGGUAUGUUUUGUAGUUUGUGUUGAAAAUAGAUAAUUAAUAUUUGUGACCCAAUACAAAUGAUGGCUGAUAAAACUGGCUGAAAUAAAGAUGAGACAAAUAAAUAGGGGUUGUCAUAUCAAAUGCUGAGAAAUGUUGUAAAUACAAAAACUUGUUUAUAAGUUAAUAGGAUAUAGAUGGAUUCAUCAACACAAAUUUAAAAGACUGAAAAGGUUGUUUUAAAAAGCUUAGUCCUAAUUUCUUUAUUCUGCCCUUUUAUGUUAAAUAACAUCUAGGGCAAGGAAAAAUUAAUAAAAUUGGAUAAAAGUAUCUAAGCUAUAUCUAAAGUGAGGUCAGAUGAAGAUAAGUGUUGAGUAAAAUUGUAGAGUAUGUGGGAAAAAAAUUAAAAUUAUGUUUAUUUAAUUAAAUUAGAAGGUAAAACAGAAUAAAAGAAAGGUGGAUAGAUAAAUGAGGUUGUGGAAAAAAAAAUUGAUAUCAGAAUUGAAACUAAUGAUAAAUAUUGAGAGACUGGGAACUCCAGAGACCAGGCAACCAAACAAACCAGAUGAUGAGAGUAAAAGGUGGGCUGAAUAGUAUAACUUAAUAUGUGAAACUUGAUUGAAUUAUUGUAAAGUAUUGUUGGAUGAAUGAGUUGAGAAUAUGAAAAGAACGAAAACGUUUUGUUUCUAUGUUUGUAGCCAUAAGGGGCUUUUUAAACUAAAAUACCUUUCACCAAGACAAACAUUUUUUAUUAAAAGUGAAAGAUGUCUCAACCCAAGUAGCAAAGUUUAAAUGGAAGUUUGCUGGUCACACCCUAAGGCAGAAGGAUGAAAGAUGGACUAACACGGUUAUACAUUAAAAAUCAUAGAACCACAAACGAAAAAGGGAAAGGCCACAAAUCCGAUGGUCAGAUGACCCGAAUGAAGAAACACGCCGGGUCAAAAUGGAUGCUAAUUUUCCAAGAUAGAGAGGCAUGGAAGAAAGAAGAGUAGACCAAUAUCCAAGAAUGGAUGUUAGGGCUGAUUAGAUAGAUUUUUUUUUGUUUUAUGACAUAGGCCUGGUUGUCAAUUAGCCAGUCACAACUUUUUUGUUUUCUAUUCAUACAUAAAGAAGGCAAUGAUGUCCUUAGAGUUCCGUAGCAAACUCUUCCACAGCUCUCUACUCAGUUCAAAAUCUGCAGCUGGCCGCUAUGGACUAUCCAAGUUGCUCACCACAUUUUUCCAUUAUACAUCUUCUUCUUCUUCUUUUUCCAUAUGAUGAGAUAUAUAGAAGGAAUCUUUGUUUAAUAAAAUAGAAACAGUUAUGUUAAACACUUUUUAUUCUUAACGGUAUGUCAAUCAAGUGAUCAUAAUUCCACUCCUCUUUAGCCUCCCUACAGCCAAGCAGUUUCUUGAUGAAUAUAAAAAACAUUCCUUAAACAGUGAUACAAACUUCUAGUCAGUGUUUAGAUAAUUAGACUUGUAAAUAUUUUAGUUUAAAUAGCAUGUGUUGUGAAUAUUGUUUUUUCAAUAUAUUUGUGUGUUUAUUAGAUAAUAGGUUUAUGUGGUGUUAUAAAGAGAAAAUUACUCAAAUUAUACAUUAUUGUCUUUCACGGAAACGUCAGCCAUAAGUUUUAUUAGAUUUUAAGUGAUGUGUUUCGUGUAGAUGUUUUCACGAAAUACUUUGUAAUUUUAUAUCUGGAUAAAUUUAAGUAUACUUAUACAGUGUGUCCACGGUUGGGGUGCCCAAGAGGAAAAACUUUUUUAUUUUCAAUUUUAACGAAAAAUGUCAUUCUUGAUAAAAAGUUUUGCUUGUUCUAAAACCCCAUAAAAUAAAAUAAAAUUCAAGUUUUUCAAAUCCUGCUUAAUUUUGUAGCCAAUUUUAUGUAAAUCCCUAUAAAUUUUUGAACAAAGUUCGAAAUUGUAGCAAUAAUAACUUAGAGAACAACCCUUUCGCUUCUCUGGAUUAUGAAGCCAGACUUUGUCGUUCUCCUUGAAUCAUCAAAUUAUUUAUUAAUUAAAUAAUUAUUAAUCCAGUAAUUUUAAUAAUGAAAUUUAACACAAGAUAAAUUCUUUAUUGAACGCUUAACAAUGUCGAAAAAAAUGACAAUUCGCAAAUUAUUUAUCGGAGUUGACGUCCAAUGAAGCUGAAGGAAAAAUUCUAUAAAACAGCCAUAAGACCUGCUAUGAUGUACGGAACUGAAUGUUUGACAGUGAAAAAGUAAGAAGAACAACGAAUGCAUGUGGCGGAAAGAACAAUGCUUAGGUGGAUGAGUGGAGUGACAAAAAAAGGAUAAAAUUAAAAAUGAGUAUAUUAGGGGAAGUCUAGGUGUGGCACCAAUUAAUGCCAAAAUGAGAGAGCAUAGGUUAAGAUGGUUUGGUCAUGUUCAAUAUCAUGACGCUAAUCACCCAAUAUGAAGAAUUGAAAGUGCAGAUUCCUGGAAGGAGUAGGAGAGGAAGACCAAAGAAGACGUGGGGGGGAGACGAUUAGGCAGGACAUGUUGGUAAAGGGGAUUAAUAUUGAUAUGACCCAGGAUUUAAUUGUGUGGAGAAAUGCAAUUAGGGAAACCGACCCCGCAUAGGGAUAAGGUAAAGAGAAUGAUGAUGAUGAUGAUGAUCCAUUAGUGUUAUGUGAUUUGUCGAAUGCAUUCUUCUUGAUUAUUUUGUGCAGGUUUUACAGGUAUCUAACUCGAUCUUUACUAAUAAUCAGGUAGUCUACAUGUUAAUAGAGGAUUUCUAAUCGAUAAAGUUACGAAAUAUAUAAUGUUAGCUAUUAAAAAUAUUUUUUUAAUUAAUUCUAAAUAUUAAAUAUAUACAAACAUGUAAAAUAUUCAUAAACUAUUGUUUAACUAAGUCAAUUUGGGAGUAUCUACACUACCUACACCCAAGUAGUAUAACAACAAAUAUUUUAUAUAGCUUUUGGGAUUACUUAAAUUUAUAUUCAGAAAAGGUUGCAAAAAAUAGUUAUACUCUAUUAAAUUUUGAUGUGCGGUUUCUGAAAAGGGACGAAACCUAAAAGGAUAUUUAAGACGCAUUACACGCCCCAUGUUUGUUACGCAAGUACAAGCCCGUUAGCAAUUUGCCGCCAUAUACUAAAGCGGCUUAAUAUUAACCAAAUAUUAUUAAUUGUGUAAAUUCUAUUUUCAAAAGUCCUUUAGUAUUCCGAAUUAGAAUUGAUAUUGUUGUUUUGUUUUUUUUCCUUUUAUGUGACGGGGUAACUGAUGUCACGUGUUUUGAGACUUUUUGGAGCUGUGGCAAAUUGCCUCGAGUGCGUGUACUGCCGUGUUAAUAUGCUACUAAUAAUUGAAUACUACAAUGAAACAAUUAACGGACACUAAUAAAAAUAUGAUUUAGGUUAGGUUAGGUUUACCGCACACCAGAAACUAAAUCGCCUUUAUUUGGUAUGAGCCUAUUCCCCGGUGAGUCUAUUUAAAACUUUAUUUGAGAAAAGAACCAAAUAAAAAUAUUUUUAAAUAUUUAUACCAAAUUUAAUAAUUAAUAGAUUAAUUGAAUUUUAAUACAAUUUAAUAAAAAAAUGUUUGAUUGAAAUUUAUUUUUAAUAUUAUAACAUAAAAUAUAAAAUAGAUCACUGUUUUUAGUUACCUACACAGUAAAAAAAUCAAUCGAUGUCGCUGAAUUAUUAGCUUCCUUAGCAGAAUGAUAUUUCUUUCUGGAUCCAUGACUUUAGAACCACCUUGUAUAUUUUUUUGAUAUUUUUUGGUACACAUAUACACAUGUACACAUUUGGGACGCAAACUACCCAACUACUAAUCACAAGAAAAAUCCAGGUCCGGAUUAACAAAAAAAUAUAAAUUCAUUGUGACCUUGAAACAACACCCUGCAUAUUGAAAUUUUCAAAAUCUGUUCGCAUAUUUGAAAAGAGCACAAAAAACUGAGUUUAUAGGUUCGCUUCAAUUUUUGCGCAAACAAUUCAAUGACUUUAAUUUUGAAAUUAUAUUGAAAUUUUUAAGAACUCUGCGAUUAAAAAGCAAGUAUUUUUAACUUUGAUUCAGAAAUUAUUAAAGUUAAUGAAUAAAUACUAAUUUUAAAAAUACAUUAUUGACUACAUUGGACGACCCACUUACUAAUCAUAAGAAAAAUCCAGGUCCGGAUUAACAAAAAAUAUAAAGUCCAUAAUUGUGACCUUGAAACAACACCCUGUAUAUUGAAAUUUUCAAAAUCCGUUUACACAUUUGAAAAUAGCACAAACAGCUAAGUUUACUGGUUAUCUUCAAUUUUUUGCAUAAACAAUUUAAUGAUAUUUAUUUUGAAAUUAUAAUUCUUAGUUCUUAAAAAUUUUGACACAAUUUCAAAAUUAAAGUCAUUAAAUUGUCUGCGCAAAAAAUGGAAGCGAACCAUUAAAAUUGGUUUUUUGUGCUCUUUUCAGAUGUGCAAACGGAUAUUAAAAAUUUCAGUAUAGGUACAGGGUGCUGUUUCAAGAUCAAAAUUACUUUAUAUUUUUUUUUUGUUAAUCCGGACCUGGAUUUUCUUAUUAUUGAUCCAAUCCGUUCCAAUGUAGUAAAUAAGUAUUGAUUAUUUUUUUCAUGAGUAUUUAUUCAAUAACUGUAAUAAUUUAUUAUUCAAAUUGAUACCUGCUUUUUAAUCUCAGAGUUCUUAAAAAUUCAAUAUAAUUUCAAAAUUACAUUCGUUAAAUUGUCUGCGCAAAAAAUUGAAGAGAACCAAUAAACUUUUUUGUGUCCUUUUCAAAUAUGCAAAUGGAUUUUGAAAAUUUCAAUAUACUUGGUAUUGUUUCAAGGUCACAAUGAAUCUAUAUUUUUUUAUAAUCCUUAUAUAUCUUGUGAUCCUGAAGAAAAGGGAAUCGUCUUAACUGGAGGACAAAGGUCUUAAAAUAGAUUAUCAUCCGAUUAUCUAAUUUUCAAGUUUCAUGGUUUAUUGACUUCAUAAUGGCGUUUAACAUUACUGAAUGCGGAAUGGUUAAAAAUAAUUACAAAAUUUAUAGGACACAUUUGGUUCUUUUUCCUGAAUAAAACGACUUAUUUGAACAAACACUAGCACAUUAAAAACUGCUUUUAAUUAUGUACUGGUGGUACUUUUUUUUAACCUACCAGUAAAUAAUUGGGCAUAGGGCGUAAAGUAAACGUUAAAAAAACAAAUUUAACAUCACUUUUCGUUUUCCAUCUGUACCUACUUCUUAGGACUUUAGUAAAACUGCAUACUUUGACAAUUUGUUUUUUAUUCCAUUUGAUAUUAAAUAUUACUUCAGAUCGUUUUAUACUGGAUCAUAUCAACCCAAAAAUAUAUUCUUUAUAGUCAUGUCAAAGUUCAUCAUUGUUGGUGGUCCUAUUUGAGCUUUGAUAUUCCCUUAUUCCCUAGUCUAUUUAGCCCAGCGUUUUCGUCCAUUGCCAACCGUUGAACGUUACAUCUUUGGCACAGGCAUAGAUAAUAUGGUUCACCUGAUAGUGUAAUUUUUCAUUCGUUCUUGAGAGGUGUUGAAUUUUGAGCUUACUUAUUUUUAUGAAGAUGCUAUUUCUUUAUAUUUUUUAUGGAUUUAAAAGUUUCCUUCUUCUCGCCUUCUUCAUAUCCCAUUUAUUCUUCCUAAGAUCUCUCACUUGAAAAUGAGUAGACAUAGUUUAGACGCUUUUUCCAUUUCAAAUAUCUACAUCACUAGUACAAUAAGUGUCUUGUGUAUUGUUAGUUUGGUUUUUUGACUUUCCGUUUUAUAGAUACUUGCUUAACCUAGAGUAACACAUGUUCGCUAACAUCCUAGUAUCAUUAUUUUUCUGUAUUUAUUUAUUAUUUUUUUUUUGUUAUGGAGUUAUAUUUGGUCAUGAGGGAAUAUGAAUUUGUUUAAAGCCUCAAAAUUGCCGUGUUGCAUGUUAAUUUGACAAACUUUUUACCUCUAGCUCUGCUAUUUGCAGUCAACAUCAUUACUUUGGUUUUAACUUUUGCUUAUUGUAAGGCCCAUAUUUCUGCCUCAAUUAAGAAGGAGGUAAAUGAUUCUAAGUUUUUGGUUGGUGUGAGCCUGUGAGCGGAUAAUUCCAGAAAAGUAUCGGUUAUAAUUUGCGUUGAUUUAUUAAAGGGAUUACAUCUGCCUAUUGAAUGUAAAAUUCAGUUUGUUGAAAAAAAGGAAUAGUGUGUAUAGGAUGUUGUGUUUUCCAAGUAAGACGCGUUGUAUCAAGUUUAACUUGGAAAACAAAAUUACUAAAUUACUAUGAGUGGAGAAACUCCUCUAGCACAUUGAACAUAAUGAAAUUAUAUACUUCUGCCUACAUGUAUAUCUGUUCCUAUCUUUAUUCUUUACUUACUUAUCUAUUAAAGCAUUAUCAUUUAUUACUUCUACAUCUUACUACACUCGACACUAUGUAUUGUAUCAUUUCUUCCACACGACGAGUGACGUUUUUACAUUUAUAUCUUCUUAUUGCGCCGUUCCUUUCGAAGGUUGGCGAUCCAAAUGGCAAUUGUAGCUUUGCAAACUGCUGCACGAAAAAUAGCAUAAAUACUUUUAUAUACAUAAUCAGAAAAAACAUUGAAAGGAUAAACCUAAGUAGAUGUGCUAGUGUAAAUCGAAUUUUGCGUAUAGAUAGGUAUACUCAAGUAAAUGUUCGCUAAAAAUGUAUUGGAAUUGAUUGUUAAGGGAUUUUUAAAUUUUAUGGGAAAUUAUUUUAAAUAUUGUUACUGAGUACUUGCGAUCACUAAGUGAUCUAAAUGAAUUUUAAUUUCUAACAGGGUAAUACCUUCAGAAUUGUAAGGUUAAUUUAGGUUAAUGUAGGUGAAUUUAUUUCUUUCAUAUUGUGUUUUUUAAAUGUCGGUCUGUGUAAAUAGAUAUAAACGUAGAAAUAUAUAGCAUAGUAGAAUAGCUGUUCAAGGUCAUAAUCGACCACAUGUUUCUGGAUUAGAAUAGACUACAACAGAUGUCUGGGAAGUUCUUCUUGAUUUUCCAAAAUUUUAAUUUUUGGAUAAGUGUUGUUUUUCAAAUAAACGCUUCAAUUUGUAUUGAAAGUAGGACGAAUUUUCAUGCAAAAUUUUUUUAACCCCCUACCGCCCCACAUCAACCCCCAGUUAUUUUUUAAAUAGUCGAGUGGCACAUCAUUUGAAAUGUAAUUUUUGUAUCUACAUGACCCUCUAUUCUUUUUUUAAUUUGCGAAAUAACUUUUACAGAUAAUUUUGGGAUUUAACUGAUUUAUAAUAAAUUUGUUAAGUCCAAAAUUAUUACGUAAAUUAAAAAAACAGAGUAUCGUGUAGAGUGUAGAGAAAACAAUUGCCUUUCAAAUGAUGUGCCACUCGACCACACUUGUUGUUUAAAAAAAAAACUGUGGGUUAAUGCGGGGCAGUAAGGGGUUACAUUUGAGGGCAUGAAUUUUGCAUGAAAAUUCGCCCCUCUUCCAGUAUAAAUUGACGUGUUUCUUUAAAUUUUGAAGAAGCUCUUGGUUUCUGAGUUUCUGGGGGGGGGGGGGGGUCAAAUUUUCGUUGGAACAGUCUGUAUAAAUGUUAUGUAUUCUAACCGUAUAUUGUUAAUAUUACUAUAGAUUUUUGUCAAUUUUUUUAAUAAAAUGUAUUUGUUAAUAUGAACUUUAAAACACAGGAAUUUGAAAUGAUUAAUCGAUAGCAAAAUAUGUGUAGGUACAUAUAUAAAUCCGUUAAUCCAUCCAAAUAUUAUAAAACUAACUCAACUAAAGUACCUGUUCACAGUUUUUAGGAUGAUUUAGUCUUUAGUGAGUUAUCAUAAAAAUGGCCCGCUGAACAAUUUGUUUAUCCUGGAGAGCGAUUAUUUAACCCUGCGGUGGUAGCGCCUAUUUUAACACAAAUUUGAUGCGCCGGGUUCACCAGACCCGAUAUAUAAAUAUAAUAUAAAUAUAUAUUUUUGUAUAUUUUUAAAUAUUUUCUUUGCCUUUAUUAAUUAAAUAUCUUCUUAUAAAUACGCUUGUGUGAAAAUGAUAUUAAAUAAUAUAUUAUUUCAAUAUUUUUUGACAUUUCUUUUCAACCCUACAUUUUGAUACAAGAAAAAACGUUUAACUUAAAAAAAAUUUAUUUACCCCCUAAUAAAACAUGACAUAUUUAUUUUAAAGAAACAUAAAAAGUAAUUUAUUAUUUACAACUAUGUGACUACAGCUGUUUCGGCAGAGUGCCUUUCUCAAGUGAUAUAAGUUACAAUGUGUUUGC